GUUCCAAACUUCUCUGUAGCGGUAUUUCACGUUCCCGUUCGAUGCUUAGAAGGCCCCAUAUAGCCCCUUAUCUCUCUGAAAUGUUGGAAAAGUGUAAGAGUCCAAAACGUUGAGGUUUUUGAGUUCGUCAACACGGUUGGCAGAGUUUCUAAACCCCAAAUUCAGAAUAGUGCUGCUGCCCCAUCCACCUCCGACCACCGCUCGGCCCAUUCCCGGUUACCUGCGGCCGCGUGACCACCCUCGCGGCCACCGGCAACCACUCCGGUCUCCGGCCACCGCGUCUCUGCUCCAUCCUAGCUCUUAGAGUUCGUCAGGAUGCUUGCACUGACAGAUUUUCCACUACUUAUUGCUAAACCAUUUGAAGAAAUUAAAAUACCAACAAGUAUACGAAGCACUGUGGUAUGUGCUGCAAAAGGUAAAAGACCUAGAUAUCCACGAGUUUGGAAGACCCAGAAAAAAAUUGGGACCAUUUCCAAGGCUGCUAAACUUGUUCAGUCUAUUAAGGAACUAUCAAAUGUCAAAGAGGAAGUUUAUGGUGCUCUCGAUUCAUAUGUUGCCUGGGAAUUAGAGUUCCCUUUAAUUACUGUAAAAAAGGCACUCAAGACUCUAGAAUACGAACAAGAAUGGAAGCGGAUAAUACAGAUAACAAAAUGGAUGCUAAGCAAAGGUCAAGGAAAGACAAUGGGAAGCUAUUUCACAUUACUCAAUGCGUUAGCUGAGGAUGACCGACUUGAUGAAGCUGAAGAGCUUUGGACCAAGUUAUUAAUGCAGUACAUGGAAAGCUUGCCUCGCAGAUUCUUUGAUAAAAUGAUAUCUAUCUACCGUAAGAGGGGCUUGCAUGAGAAGAUGUUUGAGAUAUUUGCAGACAUGGAGGAGCUUGGUCUUCGACCUAGUAUUUCGGUUGUGUCAAUGAUUGGAGAUGCCUUCAAGGAGCUGGGUAUGCUGGACAAAUACGAGAAGUUACAUAUUAAAUACCCACCGCCUAAAUGGGAAUAUAGGUACAUCAAAGGAAAGCGUGUGAAAAUCAGAUUCGAAGAUCAGUCCAACCAAGUCAAUAAAUACACAAGAAAGCAUGAUAAUGUUGAACCUAAUUCAGACUUAAAGGAGGAUGAUUGGUCUGAAGAUGAAGAGACGAGUUCUGAGGUAAUUGAUGAUGAGCAAUUCGAACAGGAUGCCAAUGUAAUAUGCAUGGAACCUGAACAAAUUUCAGAUGAUUCAUUUGAGAGUAUCGAAAUAGAACCAGUUGUAGAUGCAUAAUGGGAGGAAGAUAAUGUAAUAUCACUGGCUGAUAAGGUUCUAUUAGUAGUUAUUAUUGUUAGUUACAGUUAAUAUAAUAUCAAUGCAAUCUGCAAGCCCAAGAUGAUAAGGUGUAA